AUGAGUUUCCAAGGACAUCUCUCGACAGAUGAUCCGACAGUUAAAGAAGGGUCAUCUUUAAACCAGUCGUCCCUAUUGGGCCCGCAUCCAGUGCUAUCUCAUCGCCAGCAACAACUGGUCAAUGAGAGGGACAUCGACGAUGGUCACGAUUAUCAAGACCAAGGUCAAGAUCAUGGUCAUGGUCAUGUUCGACUAUCUUUUUUGCACAAGUUUGUCACCAACUGGUUGAUCAUGGACCCGAUCCUAUUGAGCAAAUACGAGCAUCGGCCACGACGAUUUGAUCGCAAUUACAAAGUUCGUGCCGAUAAAGACACUUCAAGGUUGAUAUACCUUUUCGGCGGACGACUACAAACAACAAAAGCCAAGCCGAUAAGCAUACUAACGGGAGCUGCAAUGAUAAUCCCAUUGGUGUUUUUCUGCAUAUUUGAAGCCAGCUGGCAGUGGCACCAUAUACUGCCUGCUUUGGUCAUAGUAUGGAUCUACUUGUGGUUGAUUACAUUUAUGAACUUUUGCAAGGCAUCCACGUCAGACCCAGGUAUACUACCGCGGAACUUGCACUUGCCGAAAUCACUCACUGGGAACCGAAUACUGAAUCCACCAGAGGAAUACUUCAACACCGUGACAUUACCGAGCUUUGCCAAGGACAAGCACGGCAAAACGAUUGGUGUACAGGUGAAAUAUUGCCAAACUUGCCACAUUUGGAGGCCAGCGAGGACCAGCCACUGCAGUACGUGCCAAGUGUGCGUUUUGGACCACGAUCAUCACUGUGUUUUCUUGAACAACUGUGUCGGCCAGAGAAACUAUAUGUAUUUUUUGUGGUUCUUGUUAUUGGCAUGCGUUUCAUGCUGCUACUUGAUUGCAACCUCCGUUGCUCAUCUAUGUUAUUAUCGAAGAGGGCAAGUUGAACAUGUCCACACCAUGUUCCAGUCAAUUCAACAGUUUCCCAUGAGCUUGUUUCUUUUGGUCUACACCAUUAUAGCAUUGAUAUACCCGAUGCUACUAUUGGCUCUCCACAUUGCCUUGACGGCGCAGAAUAUAACCACUAGGGAGUAUUUGAACUAUGUUUACAAGAAAAAGACCCCUGAGUUUGUGAACGCGUUUGACACUCGUUCGAUUUGGAAAAACUUGUACAUCAACUGGAUUGGCAAGCCCACCGGUGUGGGGCUAACAUCCAUUCGAGAUAGGUACCACACGGGCGACAUAAGAUUCGAAUUGAUAGAACCAUUGCUGGGCUUUCAAAGUGGUGGAGGCUGA